AUGGUCACCGCAUCCGCUUCGUAUAUUCCGCUAACUCCACCUUUGGAAUACACAACAACAUCAGUUGGAGACUGGCUCGAGCGGAUCUACGAAAGCUGCUUCGACAAGGUCUUUGGCUUUUGGAUGGGCAAACACGCAUGCGCAUUGGUUGUCGACCCCAACUCUAGUAUUAUCUCACCUCCGAGCGAAUACUUUUCCGAACUGGACGAGUCAAUCUUUGGUGACUGGGAGGCACGGAAUCAACAAGUUAGUGUCCAGUCACCCAGUCAAACACAGCAGAGAUGGGACCAGAUCGAUCAAUCCCUUAGACAUGCCAAACAGUCAUUUGCGGCACGGUGGUUCCACCUUCUACCGCCAGCCGAACGUGUAGGCGUGUUGCCUGAGCACAUUGUCAGAGAGUUCUGGCGCAGGUCACGCAGAGAUAUGCUGAAGGUUGUAAAUCGUGUGUCGUAUCGUUCUGCCCUGACCCUGUUUCUCUUCUCCUUGACGCCCGUCCCUGUGGGAAUAUCGGAAGAGGAGGAGAUGGACGGCUUAACAGGGCAACUUUGUGUCCAAGCCGCUCUGCAACAGAUCCAACGACUUCGUGAGGGGCAGCGCAGCUGCCAGUUUAGUGGAUCCAUGGUGGUGCAGGCGUCCGACCCGUUGACAAGGCCGGCAGCGAGUUCCAAACUCUCGGACAGUUUUUUGCGGAGCGAAGCCCGGGCAUUCUGGGCAGCGCUAACAUUCGAUACAUCUUCCUCGCUCACACUGAAUCUGAGAUCAACACUCACGUCGGGACUGCAUGGCGUGGAAGCUGAAACCUGUUGGCGGACGCUCAGAAUGGGUGCAUCAUCCUUUCACACCAGGACCGAGGAAUGGCGGAGAAAUCCCUUCUCAAUGACAGAGGAUGAAGUCUUGCAAACCAUAGCCGCCGCGGCAGCGGCAAAGCUGUAUGUGUGGAAGAUGAUUUCUGUCUUGAAAGAGGCACUCAGAGAAGGCUCUGAAGAUGAAAAGGUACUUCGAGCCUGGACAUCAGCCGCUUUAGGCAUUGAGAUAUUUCGAGUUACGUUUCGACCACUUCUCAACGACUGCGAACGACGUCUCCCAUUUCUCGGUCAGGUGGAAAGGCUGAACUGGUACGAACUUAUGCUGCAUUAUUACAUGGGCAUUAUGAUCCUUGUCGACGCGCUCGAGGUCGCGAGGCGUGAUGAUCUACUCUCGCAACUAAAAGACACAAAGCUCGAAGCCGAACAUGAGAUUUUCAGGGCGUUGAAAUUCGGUCUGGAUGGCCAAUUUACCGUCGGUGGAACUCAACAACCGGGGUCGAGCACAGGGACGCACAAUUCAAAUUCGGACCAGACGAUAAGUGCAUCGUUUAUCGCCCUCGACCCUUAUCCUCAUCAUGUCGUUGCCGCAGUUCAUCUUUUGGAGAAAGUCGUCAGCAAACAAUAUCGAAAGGGUCAGAUCAAGCUGGAGGCGUACAAGCACGUGAACGGGACUCUGCUCAAGUGCCUUGCGGAGCUACCACAGACUUCCAAGGCUGUACAAGCUGCUCGCCAAAAUCUGGAGAAUUCAUUCAAGGGGCUAGAAAAUGCCGUCGUCCAGUUUCCUGCACCCGACAGUACACGUUGGCUUUCUGGGAGUCCUCCAUCAUCACUCUCUGCAAUUGAACGACGUACUCACGAGGGAUCGGAUACCUCAAACAUCCCAGCUGAAGUGUGA